ACAUGGCUUGAAAAUCCCAUUGAAAAUCCAUAAGUAUUGUUAUCAUAAGCAGCCAUAUGACAGUAAUAAGAACGUCUUUGAAGAAAAUAUAUAUCCUGGAUUCUACGGCUGUCUCUGUUGCUCGUAUAACCCAAGGGAAAUUCUCACAGGUAAUACAAAAGACUGUCCGUGAUUUUACACACCUUUUCUCUCUCUACCAUCGUUAUUAAGAACCAAUCACACACAACGAAUUUGAAUUGCCAGGGAGAGGAGAGGGUCUGCGUGCAGUUCGUGCGUGCUGUGGAGAGAUACACUCGACGGGAGAACUGUGCAAACAGGGCGUCUUGAAUUCAAGCAAGGAACUGGAUUAGGUUUAAUUGCCCCGUGGAAAGUGUGUGACGUCAUUGUCGUCAUGACUCGACUUGCCCUCGUCUGGAUUGUCACCGCAGUGUACAGCUUUGCUGUGGUUGGUGCUCAGAAGACAAAUGAUCUAAUGUGUUACAACUGCUCCCAUUCGUACGCACAAGGGGUUGACGUGGGAGAGAUGAAUUGCAAGGACCCUUUUGCCAAUAAUGGGAUUAAGAAGAUUAAAUGCAACGGCUUGUGUGUGAAACACACUAUAGAGGGCGAUGUUCCUACUAUCUCACGAAACUGCCACACUCUCCAAGAGGGCGACUGCGUCGAAUUAGACCGCUUCAAGCUCAGUUACGGAGGCUUUCUCAGCCAGCACUGUUGCCGCAACAAUCUCUGCAACAGCGCAGGCGCCAUGACAUUUAACCUUUUUAUACUCGGAGCUGUGGUAUUGGUCGGCUUAUUUGUCUGUAUUGACCUUUCAUAGUGCGGCCAUUUUGUUUUUCAUCCAAUCCAACUCACCGUAAACCAAACAGCGGCUUUAGACAAAUAGUCUGGAUCAAUUAAUGAAAGUUAGCAUACAUUACUGUGAUUGGAUACAGGGAACAUGACCAAGAAGGUGACAGCAUUGUAAAGGUAUGUUGUUCCCGAUGCUGCUAUUUUGGCUUUCUGCUGUUGAUAACAGAGGAUACAAACUAUAGGCUUGAAAAGAAUAUGAUGCGGCAAUGAACUGUUGAACAUGGAAAACAUGAAGGUGUGUUCUUUAAGUUUGAACACUUUGCCACGAUUUAUGUCAUUAAAAAGCAGAUUUAAAUGGGUGUCAUAAAAUUGAAAAGUGCAGUUUGAAGAUUGCCACGGUGAAUAAUAAAAGUUAGUCUGAAAACUUGCAGUUGUACUGAUAUUUGUAAAAUCACUUAUAAAAAGACUGUAUCCGAACUAGCUGCUACAGCUACGACUCUUUCCAAAGAUGUUGCUGAGGAUGUCCUAUACCUCAACGCAUGAUGACGCGGACAUCUAGCCGUAGCCGUAGCCGUAGCCGUAGCCGUAGCCGUAGCCGUAGCCGCGAACUCAGGCACAUCCUACAUUUCCUUUAGAAAGGAGUGUUGACUCUGGAAAGAGCUGUUUCUAAUAUAUAGCAUAACUUGUUUAGCCCGUCUUCAGGAGAACUAAAGCCCGGUUCAUACUUCCUGCGAAUGCGAUACGAAUGUUGACGUCACAAAUUUGCAACGAAAAAUUC